GCCGGCGCAACGUGGCACCAAGCGUCUGGGAAUUGGUACAAGAUCUUUCUGCAGAUCGACACGCAGCAGCGAGGCUACAUCACGCUUGACGACCUCAAGCGAGCAGUGCGCGGCUGCUUCUAUGGCUUCCGGCUCUCGGCACAGGACUUGUCUGACGAAGCGCUCUUCCAACUUUGGAAGGCCAUGGACGAGAACUGUGAAAUGAGAGUGCCACUGAAGCGGUUUCUCGCGUUCAUGAAGAGGUCCGAGGCGACAUUGGCAGUGAGCCCUCGACCGUCUCUGGAGGAAGAUCGAGAAUGGCGACAGGAGCUGAAGGAGGCGCCAGACAUGACCUCCAGCGAGCUGCUCCAAGUGGCGAAG